AUGUCCUCGCCUCCCGCCAAGCCUGCUGGCGAACUCGAGGACGAGCUCGCGUCCUUUCGCGCAGCCUGGCUCGCCGAGACGCGGCGCACCAAGCCGCCCGCUGCUCCCUCGUCAACUGCGCCCACCUCCACCUCCCUGAGCCGACCUCCCCGACCAGCUCCAGCAACCGCCGCCGCUCCACGGCCCAAGCCGUCCACCAGCAGUGACCAGCAGCCCGACCACUCGGCGGCCGAUGCCGAGCUCGUUGCGCAGGUCGCCGGCGUGCAGCUCGAUGACGAGGUCGAGCCGCCGGCCUCGCCGCCGCGCGACAAGGGCAAGGGCAAGGAGCGCGAGCGGCCGGCGAGCGCACUCGAGCUCUACUCUCUCGCCGUCGAGAGCGAGAAACAAGGACGGCUCAACGACGCUCUCGUCAACUACCGCACCGCGUUUCGCCUCGAUCCCGACGUCGACCGCGCCUACAACCGCGCCUCGGUCGCGGCGCAGAAGCACGCGGCGACCCGAGCCGCCGAACCCGCGCCGCACCCAGACGCCGCAGAAUGGCGGUUCGAGCGCACGAUCCAGCUCGGUCCCGACUACGACGCCAAGCACGAGCACCGCAGCGCCGAGGAGGCGCAGCGCGAGGUGGGCAACGCCGACGCCGACUCGACGCACCCGAGCAGCACCGCCUUCCUCCUCAACUCGCUCCUCAAGUCGAUCGCCGAGAACCCGUACGAGCGCCCACCACCGCCAGUUCACGCCGUCGCCCAGGGCCCAACUUCGCCGCGACGCGCACAACCGCCUGCGCUCCCCCCGUCCUCCCCACCUCCACCCGCACCACCAUCUCGCCCUCCCGCCUCGACCUCGCACGCGUUCGGCAAGGGCGCCAUGACGCCCGCCCAAGCGCUCGACACCCUCCACUUUAUCCCGCUCGACGAGGACCAACCUGUUCCGCUCGCCGACCUGCCGCGCGAGGUCCUCCUCCUCAUCCUCCGCCACCUCGUCUUGUCGGGCAUGCUCCCGCCGCCCAAGUCGGCGCACGCCGACCCGUCGGCCGAGGAGCACCGGUCCAAGGGCCCGAAGCGCCUGCGCAAGCGCACGUUGCGCGAGGAGAUGGUCCUGCUCGAGGCAGAGCUCGAGCUGGCGGACGUCGACAGACCGUGGAAGAGCGACGUCGAGGCGCUCGAGCGGUUCGCUCGCGUGUGUCGUGCAGCGAGGGUCCUCACGCUCGAUACCGGGCUGUGGAGAUCUCUCUCUUUGCGCACCUACGUUCCGCCGCAGCAGAUCAGUCGCGAGGAGGACGCCAAGCAGCUCGUCAAGCAGCAUGGCGCCGACUGGCGACGUCUCUACAUCGAGCACCCGCGCAUUCGGCUCGACGGCGUCUACAUCUCGGUCGUCACGUACCUUCGCCGAGGCGAGACGCAGUCGAUUUAUGCGCCGACACACCUGAUCACCUUCUACCGCUACCUCCGUUUCUACCAUCACGGCCUCGCCCUCUCGCUGCUCACGACCGACCCGCCCGGUCAAGUCGUGCGCAAGCUGAACCCGACGCUCCGCCUCAAGGGCCUCACAUUCGGCCGAUGGCGCCUGCGCGGCGAGCUCGUCGAGCUGUGGGGGCUCGAGGACCCGGCGGUCGAGGACCCCAAGUACAGCUUCCGGAUCCAGUGCAAGCUCAAGAGCACGGCUCGAGGCAGGAUGAACAAGCUCGAGAUGCUGUCGAUGGCGACCGAGCACCGGCAGACGCUCGAGCUCGAGGAGCUGCCGAUCCGGCCGAGCAAGCCGUUCUUCUUCUCCAAGGUGCAGGCGUACGCCAACGAGGACCGCGUGCAGGGCGAGUCGUGAGCGCGGGCCGGAAGAGGAGCGAGCGGGAGGAACGAGGAGGCGGGAGGCGGCGGGACCGCCGACGACGUGUAGAUGCCCCUCUGUCGAGCCGCGAUAGAAACGAAGCCGUCUGAGCCCUC